AACAUUUAUGAACUCAUUGCCAUGGAUACCAAAGAUGAAGGUAUUUCUAGAUCUAUAGUAGAAGCUUCGCCAGUUCAUUACAUAAUGAAAAUACAAUCAUUUUCACUCCUCACUACUAAUUCCAUAGAGAGAUAUGAAUCGGGGAGGUUUGAAGCUGGAGGCCACAAAUGGAAGUUAGUUUUGUACCCAAGUGGAAACAAAAGCAAGAAUGUAAAGGAUCAUAUUUCACUAUACUUGGCAUUGGAAGAAUCAAGCUCACUUCAUCCUGGUUGGGAAAUCUAUGUAAAUUUUAAAUUGUUUGUAUAUGAUCAAAACAAUGACAACUACCUAGUUCUCCAAGAUGAUGUGAAAAAGGAAAAAAGAUUUCACAGAAUGAAGGUUGAAUGGGGAUUUGAUCAAUUUAUUCCUCUCAAAGAUUUCAAUAUUGGCUCUAAAGGUUAUCUACUGGAUGAUAUAUGUGCAUUUGGAGCAGAAGUCUUUGUUUGUAGGGAAAACUACACAGGUAAAGGAGAAUCUUUGAUCAUGAUGAAGGAUGCCCUCCCUUACAAGCAUGUAUGGGAGAUUAAAGACUUCUCAAAGUUGGAUUCGGAGUGUUGUGACUCUAAGCCAUUCAAUGUUGGAAACUACAAGUGGCAGAUAAAACUAUAUCCCAAAGGAAAAGCUACUGACUUGGGCAGAUAUCUUGCUCUGUACCUAACUUUAGCUAACCCAACAACAAUCCCUCCAGGUUCCAAAAUAUAUGCACAGACAAUAUUACGCAUACUUGAUCAAAAGCAAUCCAAGCAUCAGUUUUGGAAAGCUAAUUAUUGGUUUAGUGCCUCAAGUCAUGAACAUGGCACAUCCAGAUUUAUUUUGUGCAGUAAUUUCACCAGUCAAUACCUGGGGUAUCUAGUGAAGGACAUUUGCUUUGUAGAUGUUGAAGUUACAGUUCUUGGAGUGGUUGAUGCAUUGUCUUGAGAUCAUUUUAAGACAUAUGUUAUACAAGAAUGUAGUUGCUUUGGAGAUGAAUCAAAGAAUCAAAGAAAAUUAGCAAUAGUACAAAUCAACUACACCUUGUCAAUCCUGCAAUCUAUGAGUGUAACAAUCUUCAAUUUACCUACAUGUCUAUAUUCUAAUUGGACGUUUGACAUACCAAGUCAGCUAGUCCGCUACUCUUAACAUGAAAAAAAAAAUAUGGAUCUAAAUCUUUACAAUAUACAUUUUAUUUAAUGUACAACAAAUCGUUGUUUAAAUUGGAGAUUCGGUGAUGUUAUGUCAUA